UUUGCUGACGCAGUGACGGCGGACCCUCUUCCGGGUCACGCGCGGUGAGCCGGAAGUGAUCGUGCGCGGACACGCUGCGUGCAGUGGUACUCCCGGCGGCUCUGUGAGGCGCUGACGGAGAAGGACCACCGGAGGAGGACGGUUUCAUUAAGAUGAGAGAGUUCUGGCCGGCAGCAGCAGAGAGGAGUGAACUGGCCUUGGAGGAAAGCUAACCCACGAAUGGCCUGCCAGUCUGUCGCUGCAGUCAUGGACGAGCAGGCCCUGCUGGGGCUCAACCCGAACGCCGAUGCCCGCUACAGGCAGAGGGCUAUGGCUUACUUCGAGCAGCUGAAGGAGUCUCAGGACGCUUGGGAGGUUUGUGCUGAGGCUCUCGCCAAAGGGAUUUACAGUGAUGACCACGUCAAAUUCUUCUGCUUCCAAGUACUGGAGCAUCAGAUCAAGUUCAGACAUUGCAGUUUGAGUGCUGUUCAGCAGCAGCUCAUCAGAGAGACUCUGAUGAAGUGGCUCCAGUUUCAGCUGAUGAACACUCAGCCCGAGAAGGCCUUCAUCAGGAACAAGGCAGCACAGGUGUUCGCCCUCACCUUCGUCAUGGAGUACCUGACUCUGUGGCCCAAGUUCUUCUUCGACAUCCUGUCCCUGGUGGGUCUGAACCCCCACGGAGUCGACAUCUACCUGAGGACACUGAUGGCCAUCGACGCCGAGGUGGUGGACAGAGACAUCCUGCACACACCGGAGGAGACUCGCAGGAACACGCUGAUCAAAGACAGCAUGAGGGAGCAGUGCAUCCCCAGCCUGGUGGAGUCCUGGUUCCAGAUCCUGCAGACGUACCAGCAGUCCCACCCCGAGCUCACCUGUCAGUGCUUGGAGGUGGUUGGAGCCUACGUGUCCUGGAUCGACCUCAACCUCAUCGCCAAUGACAGGUUCGUGAACCUGCUGCUGAGCCAGAUGUCCAUGGAGGAGCUGAGGGAGGAGGCCUGCGACUGCCUGUUUGAAAUCGUCAACAAAGGAAUGGAUCCAGUGGACAAAACCAAGCUGGUGGAGUCUCUGUGCCAAGUGCUACAGUCAGCAGGCUUCUUCAACGUGGAGCAGGAGGAGGAUGUGGACUUCCUGGCCAAGUUCUCACGGCUGGUGAACGGCAUGGGUCAGAGUCUGGUGCUGAGCUGGACCAAGCUGGCGAAAACCGGCAACGUGAAGGACGCAGCUGAGACGCUGCAGGCCGUGGAGGCCAAAGUGCCUCUGCUGCUGCAGCUGCUGGUGCACGAGGAUGACGACAUCUCGGCCAACAUCGUCGGCUUCUGCUAUGAGUACCUGCACGUCCUCAAACAGCUUCCUCAGCUGACAGACCAGCAGAAAGCGAACAUCGAGGCCAUUAUGCUCGCUGUAAUGAAAAAACUGACGUACGAUGACGAGUACAACUUUGAGAACGAGGGCGAGGACGAGGCCAUGUUUGUGGAGUACAGGAAGCAGCUGAAGAUGCUUUUGGAUCGACUCGCUCAGGUUUCACCGGAGCUGCUGCUGGAAGCCGUCCGCCGUGUCUUCACCAACACGAUGCAGAACUGGCAGACAGCACCCUUCAUGGAGGUGGAGGUCGCCAUCAGGCUGCUCUACAUGCUGGGUGAGGCCUUACCGGCGGCGCAUGGUGCCCACUUCUCUGGAGACACGGCCAAGACGAGCGCCCUGCAGGACAUGAUGAGGACGCUGGUUUCCUGCGGUGUCAGCAGCUACCAGCACACCUCCGUCGCUCUGGAGUUCUUUGAAACGGUUGUGCGAUACGACAAGUUCUUCAUCGUGGAGCCGCAGCACAUUCCUGGCGUGCUGAUGGCGUUCCUGGACCAGCGAGGCUUGAGACACAACAGCCCGAAGGUCCGCAGCAGGGUGGCCUACCUGUUCUCCAGAUUCAUCAAAACCCUACAUAAACACAUGAAUGCCUUCGUCGAGGACAUCCUGACGAGGAUCCAGGACCUGCUGGAGCUCACUCCACCUGAAAACGGUUUCCCGGCGCUCCUGACCAGCGACGACCAGCUCUUUAUGUUUGAGGCAGCCGGCAUCCUCAUCGUCAACAGCGAGAGCCCUGUGGAGAGGAAGCAGGCACUGAUGAGGAGCCUGCUGACACCGCUGAUGGACGCCUUCCGCCUGCUACUCGCCAAACUCCCCCAGGAGACUGAGGAGGAGCGUCAGACCGCCCUCGCCGACUGCCUGAGUCACGCCGUCGGCUUUGCCAGCCGGACCAGCAAAGCGUUCAGCAACAAGCAGACAGUGAAGCAGUGUGGCUGCACCGAGGUGUACCGGGACUGCCUGCAGGCCUUCCUGCCUGCACUCAGCUGCCCCGUGCAACGGAGUGUGCUGCGCAGCUCCGUGCGCUCCUUCCUGCACCGCAUGAUCAUCUGCAUGGAGGAGGAGGUGCUGCCCUUCGUCCCCGCCGCCUCAGAGCACAUGCUGAAGGACUGUGAGGCCAAAGACCUGCAGGAGUUUAUUCCGCUCAUCAGCCAGAUCACCGCCAAGUUUAAGCGGCAGGUGUCUCCCUUCCUGCAGCAGAUCUUCAUGCCCCUCGUCCUUGCCAUCUUCGAGGUUCUGGCACGCCCGGCGGAAGAGAACGACCAGACAGCGGCACUGGAGAAGCAGAUGCUGAGGAGGAGUUACUUCAGCUUCAUCCAGACCAUCGCAGGAAGUGGGAUGAACGAGGUGAUGGCCAAUCAGGGGGCGGAGAACAUGGAGCGCAUCGUGUUCACCAUCAUUCAGGGCGCUGUCGACUUCCCUGACCCCAUCGCGCAGAAGACCUGCUUCAUCAUCCUCACCAAGCUGGUGGAGCUGUGGGGAGGUAAAGACGGCAUAGUGGGCUUCCCCGACUUCAUCUACAAACACAUCGUCCCAGCCUGUUUUCUGGCUCCCCUCAAACCGACCUUUGACCUCUCAGAUGCACAGACGGUCCUGGUGCUGUCGGAGUGCGCUCUCACACUGAAGAUGAUUCAUCUCAAACGGGGACUCGAAUUCAUCCACUUCCUGCAGCAGGAGUACCUGCCCUCGCUCCAGGUGGCCCCGGAAAUUUCACAGGAGCUCUGCCAGGUUCUCCAGCAGCCUGACGUCAAAGUCCUGAAAAACUACAUUAAGGCGUUCUUCCAGCGAGGAAAACUGUAGGGAAAAAAACUGGAAGUUCACUGGGACUGAAGGACUCUUCACAGGAAGUGGUCAUACUGACACUCAACAAUUGAAAAAUACAGGACCUUAGCAUAAGCGCUGCUCUUGCACUUAGAAUUAAAUGCAUAACGAAGCCCAGCUUGUCUAAGUCGGGGACGCGGAGCGAAGCCUGGUGAAACCCCUCCCUCUGAGAUCAGCUGCUGAUGUGCAGGAGCGCCACGUCUGCUCAGAAACGUGGAGAACUUUGUGGACGCCAUGAGGAAAGGGCUUUUUUUUUUUUCUUCUUUUUCUUUUUCAGGAGAGGACGCCUCUUGGGAAAAGAUUGGGUAAUUAUCCUCAGUGACAUUCUAGGUUAGAAGAAUCGAUAGCUUUACACUCACAUUAGAGACCACAUUUCAGAACAGGCUAGACUGAGUUUUCUAAGAAGGAAGAAUAAAAAGGGCUGACGCAUUAUUCUUAUUUAAAAUGUGGCUUUUGUUUUGUUUUGUUUUUGGUUUUUUUAAACAUGCUGAGGAGUGAACGGUUGGUUUUAGGUUUGAAGUGAAACGUUACAGCCCGACUCGAUCUGCAGAUCAAAUAUUAUCUUGUUACCUGAUCAGACAGAGAUCCUCAGCGUGGAUUUUAAAACCGAAGACGUGACGGAAAUAGACACCACAUUUUUGUUUGCUGGAUGUGGCUGACUUUUUUUUUUUUUUUUUUAAAUUUCAGAUGGAAAUGAAAAUGUAAUGGAGGAACAAAGUGUAAAUAAGAGAAUAAGAUGUUAAAAAUGUAAAUAAAAUUCCUAGGUUUAGUUUCUUUUUGGUUUUUAAAUAUUCAUUCCCAUCUGGAAACCAUGUGCGGAGGCCCAUUUAUGCCAGGGGAAAAAAAUGUAAUGUAAAAGUUAAAAUUUCCGAUUUGUGGCAUCAAAAGUUUAAACAAAAAAUUAAAUAUUCGUUCUUAAAAAAUUUUUUGUUUAUAAAUCGAUUGAGUAUUCAUUUAAAUUCACUUUCAGAAUGAACAUUUUUUUCCAGGUAUUUUCUUAUAAAUGCAACUUGAUGAGUAUUAACACAAUUUUGUAUUUGUUUUUUGAAUUAUUUUUUUUUGUUCAACCUUAUGGUGACUCAAUGCGUAAAAAUUUGGUUUCCAUAAUUUCAUAAAAAAGUGAAUAUUUAAACUUACUAUAAAACGUGACUUUAAAAUAAAACUAUAAAUUUCACAGAUGUAACUUUUACACAAAACAUUUGACCCACACUAUUAGUUUUACUGCUUCAAUACAACAAAUCAUGUAAAUUGAGUUAAUCACUACAUGGUUAUAUUUAUUACUGUACUGACUCACAUCUUUUAAAAAAAACAUUUCGUUUGAUAAAUUUAAAAAUUACAAUUUGCAAAAGUUGCAAGUUAUUCUGUUGUGACUUAAAAGCUUGCUGUGGCUUUUUGUUUGGUUUUUUCUCGACCUUAAAGUCACAGUUUUAGGUUGUUUGAAAUUAAAAAUUUAACAGGUGUGAUCUGAAAGUAAACAUAAAUAUGUUUAUUAUUACAAAAGUUUAUCAGGUUAUUAACUGCUUUGAUGUAUUUAGUCAAACAUGAGUGACUUUUUUUGAUUGAGUAAUUAACAUUUUUGAUGCAGUUUCUCAAUAUUUUGAGGUUUGCUGUAUUCAGUUAAGUUGUGAGUUUCUAUGACUUUCAUAGAUUUUAUAUUAUUCAUAUCAUCAAUUUAUUAAUUAAAUAUUUUGUUCUAGUAUCUUAUAGUUUAACGUUUGGCAAUUGAAAAAUGUUUUUUCAGGGGGCGGGCGGGGGCUCUGACUUAUUCUGAGUAUUUGUACUUUUGAUGCCUCAAAUCUCAAAAUCUAAAACUUGAAAAAAUAAUCUGAAUAAUAAUAAUAAAUGUAAUCUAGCAUUCAAAUUGGUGUGAUUUAUUCAGUAAAACUGAUUAACCAAACUUAAAAUUUGAAUCUGUUCUGUUCAAUCUCUAAUUUGGACAAUUUUCAUUCCUUUUUCUUGGCAUAUGAGGACUUCCGUAGAAAUCUGAACUAAAUCAUGCGUAUCUCCUGUAAAAACAGACCGUUGCUGUGUGCAGAAGCAGCUUGAUUAAUUUUAUAUUGCAGUGACAAUUCAGGACGAUUCAUUAUGCAACACUUUUACUGUGAAGGAGCUGCCAAACAGUUAUAACUGUCCUGAAACAGCAACAAUCUGUACAAAUGCUCUUCACACCUCCAGAUUUUGUGACGCCCUGUUCUUUGACUUGCCGUGCGUCUGCAUUACAGGGAAUAUUUCCAAUGUUUGAAUAAGUCGGUGUGUUCAUCGUAAUUUGCUGUAAUUUUCCUGAACCUUUGCCUUUGGACAACCUGCUGAGAAAGUGCCUGAAAUUGUUGGUUCCAGUUAAAAGGGGACAUCUUACACUCUCAAGAAAUCCAGCGAAAACAAAAAUCUGAUGAACGAUAGUAAUUUUUUUUCUUUAAAGAAAAGGCUCAGUAAUUUGCCCAAAAAGCGAAUGUUUAUUUGAGGAGUAACAGUUGUCAGCUGCGUAUUAACAUGGAUUGAAUUGGAUGUACAGUUUGCCAAUUAAUGCUGCAGAACGGAUUUGAUGACAACAAAAAUCUAAUGAAAUGUCAUUAAAUCAUUGUUUACCUUUUCAGUUAACUGUAAUACAGUUUUUUCUCCUCUGUGGUGAAUUUAAAGAUGCUAUCUCUUCAACCAAUAUCUGAUAUUAAUGCAUAUGAAAUAAAAAGAAAAACAUUUGCUUUAUUAGACAAAUACAGAUAUCGCAUUCAUAGUGAGCCUGAACUAAAAUGUGAAUAUUUUCAGCUUUUUAAAAAAAAAUCGUAAAUAGUUUAUUUUUGGCAGAUGUGGGCUUCCAUAGCCUAGCAAAGUGCUAGUGGUGUAAAUACAUGGUUUAACGCAGGGCAAUUGGUUUCUGGCUCUCAUAUAAUUCACCUCAGUUCUCUGAUGAUAUGAAAGAACUCACUCAAUGAUGUUAGGUUAAUAAAAACUGCCAAGCUUGGCACGCGAAAACACUUAGCCUCCUUAGCUACAAAUAUCUAUGAUUAGAAAUUAUUUUAUUAGCAUUUUGAACAUUAUGUCCCAUUUAUAAACUGACCAGAGUUUUGUUACUGCAACUUUAACCCAGCUUAGUAUAAAAAGUUAAAGAGGCCUGUUACCUAAUUAAAGGUAGAUUUUAGUUUUAUCUGGUUUAGCUAACAAGCUAAUGCUAAUUGCUGCUAAAACAAAGAUCUCUCAUUUCUAUAUUUUUAUCAAUUAAAAAAAUCCAUUUGUUAUUGAAAUUAUUUACAGUAGUUAUUAAAUGUGUGGGUUUUUUGUUUUUGGUUUGUUUUUUGUUUUUGUCAGUGUAUGCUAGGCUCAUGGUUCCUCCCAUUUCAAUUUUCGCGUUAUGUUAAGCUAGGCUAAAAGGAUCUUUAGGGUACAGGGUUUUUGUUUAGUUUAGGUUUUUUUGGGGGGGGGGGUUACCUGUUUUUGAAAGGCUUAAAAUCUUCAAAUGUUUUAUUCCUUAUCAAUAACAAUGAAAAUUAAACAUAACCAUGAUGAUGUUAGUAUAUCACAAAGAUGGUCAAAGCUAAAACGACAUAAAAAAACAACUUUACAGUGGCUGCUUAUAGCCUUUGUAAUGUUAGCUAUGUUGACUGGUAGCUGUUUUGAUGACACGCUGAUUAGCAGUUUCUCUGAUUUCGGUUCCCUUAAUUUCAGUCUCUGUGCUAAACUAAACUAAUUGCAGUUUGGAUUGAUACAGAUUGUCCAGCCAACAAGAUUGCACUGGAUUUUCUCAAUUCUAUUUGCAGACUGUAAAUUUCUUAGCAACAUAUGAAAGCCACAUUCCGCCACUAAAAAUUUUAAAAACAUCCCAGCGUUGAUACAAAAAUGCACUCAAGUUGUCAGCUAUAGAAAUACAAAAACAUUUAUUAAAUGUCAAGUUUUUGGGGGGGGGUUUUUGUUUGUUUUUUAGGUGACCUUUCUUUUAAAAGAAUGUCUGUAGAGAAAUUAAAACUUUCCUUCAGGGAGAUGCUCAGCUGGAUUUUACUCCAAGUCUGAGAGUUUACUGUUUAGCUUAGCAUAGCAUAAAGACUGUAAAUGACUAGCUUAGCUCUGUCCAAAGUAAAAACUACACCUGAUGAACACCUGUUUCUAAUGACUGUAAAUGAAAGACUGGAAUUAUUGCUUGUUUAACAUCUGCCUUUCUGCAAAUGCCGAACACUCAAAAAACACUCAGCUGUUACACUAACACCAGGAUCUACACCUUGUAGUCUCUAUAGAAAAAUGUGCACCUCCACAUAUUGUUCAUGCCCCAUCAGUUUGAAGUGACUUUUUUUAUACCAUAGAAGUAUUCACGCCGACACUAAAGGUCAGCUCUGCAUCCAAAUGUUUACUUUUCCUCCGUCAACCCACAAAAAAGCAGAAUCAGGUUUUAUUUAAAAAAAAAAAAAAAAA